CUGCGGAAGAAUAUUGAUGGGAUUGUAAAGUUCUCUUAGAAAUCUUACCGUCAAUUACCAUUAAUUCAGACAAAACUGGUCAUAUUUCCAUUUUUCAUUUCCCGUUUGUUUUUUAUCAGUGAAGCCAGUGAGAAAUUUUUAAAACCGGGUAUCUAACCUACAAAUUGGAACAAACUCCAAAACCUGCAAAACGUUUCAUUACGCAAACUAUGGAGGAAUUUUGCCCUUUGUGCAUGAAACGAGGACUCAAAAAGAAAAUGAAAGCUAUUCAAAUUAAUCUAGAGGAAGCAGUUUGGAUGUGUGAGUCUGAAAAGUGUAUUUGGCCCAUGGAAUACAAAGAACUCGAGUACAUUCCUCGAAAAAUUGGUGAAAGUUGGUCCUGUUAUUGGCACAACUACAAGCCAAAAAGAUCAGAAGUGACAGAAUCUCAAUCUGGAUGGCAAUUCUUUGUUACUCCACCAUAUACCCCUAAAACAGUGGUAUCGCCUGCUGCUUCUUCGGACACAAGUACUCACAGUAGUAAUGGUAUUAGUCGUCUGUACAAUGCAUAUUCUAAGGAACCAGUAGAUUCAUGUUCUUCUAAAGAUACCACAACCUCUAACAGUACAACGGAUCAUAUCGAGGAUACAGAAAAAAAUAAUAUAUUAGUAUUAGAAAACAGUAUUAGCGAUUUGUUACCAACGCAGAAUGAUAAUGACCUUAUAGAUGUCAAUAAUACUGCAGAUUUAAAUCAAUUUACGUUAGAUAGGCCAGAAAUUAGUCCCUUGGAGUCAAAAAAGUUAGAAGCUGGUACGAGAGUAAAUGUUCAAAGAAAUUCAGAUUCGGGUAGGGUGAGUGCUGGCCCUAAAUCCCUCGAUACGGGAGUUCCCAUUAUCGUUAAGAUUGAGAAGGGAAACUUAGUUAGCAUAAAAAGUAUCAACAACAAUCGACAACUACCUCGAAAUGAAUCAGUUUUAAAACCUAAACCCCAAGUAGCUUACGAAAGGGUAAUAUCUAAUACGACUCUAACCAAACGAAUCUCAAGCGAAAAUCCGGUUCAAAAUUCUAGUCCUCAGACUCCAGGUUUAUUAAAUAAAAAAGAAAAUCUGCAGUCAAAUAAUUCUAUUAAACAUUAUGAUAAAAUCAGUGACUCAUCUUCUGUAGAAAUUAGAACGGUAAACAUCGAAGGUUUGCCACCCGUAAUGUUGAGGUACGAAGUGCCUACGUUUCUGCAAGAAACAAAUGGCGCAGAAAUAAAAGAAAGGUUUGGCGAAAAAUCAGAGCCAGAAUUAGUAGUUAGUAAAAAGAUUGAGGUGGAAAAAAGCAUUCCACCUCUUUCCAAAAAGACUCUUAUGGCAGGCAAAAUGUAUGAAAAGUUUAGUUUUAGUGAAUUGCGGAAAGCUAAGAAUAUGCAGAAAAAUAGUGCCGAUAAAGUUCAAGUUUCGAAUAGCAGCGAAAAUGCUUUAAAAGUUAAAAAAUCAGUUUUUGUCAUAAAAGAGGUAAAUUCCGAUUUCGAAGCAUAUAUAUCGAAACCCUCUUUGGAAGUCCCGCCCAGUUCCAUGGAACAAAUCCUUCCCGAGACUACCGAAUCAGUUAUUGAUACUUCUUAUAAUACCGAAAGUUUAGCAUUAACCAAUUCCAAAACUGUUGAUAGAAAUGCGUCUCUUGAUUCUGAUCAUUCCAAGGAUAAUGUUAUUAGUGAUUUGGAUUCGUUCCUAAACGACUAUAUUGAAGAAAAUGAGGUUAUAAACAUGAAUGAAAAUAUGUCUGGCCUUCCAAAUGUUGACGAUGACUGGUUGUCGUCGUUAUUAACUUAGAAUUUUUUUAUAUAGGUACUUCUUUCAAAUUUUCUAUUCAUCGUUAUUUAUUUUAAAAAAUAAAUGUACAAUUCGAUUUAUUAAGAAAACUAAAUUUUUUUCC